AUGCCUCCAAUAGUGACAAAUCUCACAGUUGUGACAGAAUUUAUCCUUAUGGGAUUUUCUACCAAUGAAAAUAUACACAUUUUGCAGUUAGUGCUCUUCUUUUUGAUUUAUUUCUGUGCUCUGAUGGGGAAUGUCCUCAUUAUUAUGGUCACAACUUUGGACAAGAAUCUCCACACCCCCAUGUACUACUUCUUGAAUAAUUUAUCCUUUUGGGAUCUCUGCCUAAUUUCAAUCACUAUUCCCAAAUCCAUUGCCAACUCUUUGUCUCACAAUAACUCCAUCUCAUUCAUUGGCUGUGUUGCCCAGGCCUUUCUGGUAGUUUUUUCAGCAACCACAGAACUGCAUCUCCUGACAGCAAUGUGCUUUGACCGCUAUGCUGCCAUAUGCCAUCCCCUGCACUAUGAAAUUAUCAUGAACAAAGACGUGUGUGUUCACUUGACAGUCGCAUCUUGGCUGGGGGGGGGGGGUUUGAUUGCUUUGAUGCACACAGUUGGUACCUUCUCUUUAUCCUACUGUGGAUCUAACAUAGUCCAUCAGUUCUUUUGUGACAUCCCCCAAUUAUUGGCUAUAUCUUGCUCAGAAAAUUUAACAAGAGAAAUUGUACCUAUUAUCAUUAGUGUGGUUUUGGACAUCUGUUGUUUUAUUUACAUCAUCAUUUCCUAUGUGAACAUCUUUUCCACUGUCAAGAAGAUUCCAUCAACAGAAGGUCAGUCAAAAGCCUACUGCACUUGCCUUCCACAUCUGGUGGUAGUUAUAUUAUUUCUCUUCACUGGCAUCUUUGCUUAUCUGAAGCCAACUUCAGGGAUUCCUUCUAUUUCUGACCUUUUAAUUUCUAUGUUCUACACUAUGGUGCCCCCAACCGUUAAUCCUAUUAUAUACAGUCUAAGAAAUAAUGUCAUGAAAAUGUCAUUGGGGAGGUUGCUAAAAAUAAUAUUCACCAAAAAUUAA